AUGGACAAUGCCUGCGAGUCAUCCACCGACAAAGGUGGAGAGACAGGGGAGCCAGAUGAGACAGCCGCUGCUCCCGGGGACCCGGGGGCUACCGACAUGGGUGGAAUCCCAGAGGAAACUGAUGGAGACGCAGAUGCGGACUUGAAAGAAGAGGAAAGCGAGCUCAAGAGUCAGGAUGUCUCAAAUUUAACAACAGUUGAAAGGGAAAACUCAUCGUUAUUUACUCCUGCAGCCAAAAAACUGAAAAUAGAUACCAAAGAAAAGAAAGUAGAUGAAGAUGAGAUUCAGAAGAUGCAAAUCCUGCCACUGCACCCAGCAGUUUCUUCUUUUUCUGUGGAGCAGCUGAACCAUUAUGAAAUGUAUUGCUACUCAGUGUUCCCUAAGGCAGCCAUCAAAAGGCUGAUCCAGUGGUAG